AUUGGCUGCUAUUCCGUGGGGCUUUUCGGGGGUUGUAGUUUUCCUCUCAGGGGGCUAAGCUGGCCGUGGAUUCUCGGCGGAGCCUCGGCGCGACCUUCCAUGGAAAGCCGGGAAGGCGCUGCCGCCAGUCCGGACCCGGACGCCGAAAAGGCCUCAAGAUCCUCGAGUUCAGAUUCUGAGGAGGAGGCGGGAGCUUCUGGCCAGACAGAAAUGGAAUUUUUGCGGAACCUCUUUUCCCGGACACUCGGCUUUGGCAGCGAGAAACCUGAGAAGGUGGUGGAGGAGCUGACGUUGGAGGGCGUGGCCAAAUUCAUGCUAACUGAGAAAUGCAAGAAUAUAAUCUGUAUGGUUGGUGCAGGAAUCUCAACUAGUGCAGGGAUCCCUGAUUUCCGCUCGCCUGGCACAGGGCUAUAUGCCAAUCUACAGAAAUACCAUCUACCAUAUCCUGAAGCCAUCUUUGACAUUGGCUACUUCAAGCAAAAUCCAGAACCAUUCUUUACUUUGGCUCGGGAGCUCUACCCAGGGCAGUUCAAGCCCACAGUCUGCCACUAUUUCAUUCGCCUCCUGAAGGAUAAAGGGCUGCUCCUGCGCUGCUACACCCAGAACGUCGACAGCUUGGAGCGGGUUGCUGGUCUGGAACCUGAACACUUAGUGGAAGCUCACGGCACCUUUUAUACCUCCCACUGCAUCAGCUCUGCGUGCAGGAAGUCAUACAGCCUGGAAUGGAUGAAAGAAAACAUUUUCUCAUCUCUUAUCCCCCAAUGUGAAAAAUGUCAGAAUACAGUGAAGCCAGAUAUUGUGUUUUUCGGGGAGAAUCUGCCAUCUCGUUUCUUCUCUCUCAUGCAAUCAGAUUUCCAGGAUGCGGACUUGCUUAUUAUCAUGGGCACCUCACUCCAGGUCCAGCCUUUUGCCUCCCUGGUCAGCCGGGUACCUACAAACACACCAAGGCUUCUGAUCAAUAAGGAGAAGACUGGAGAGAGCGAUCCUUUCAUGUCCCUGAUGGGCUUAGGCUGCGGGAUGGACUUCGAUUCAGCAAAGGCAUACAGGGAUGUUGCAUGGCUUGGAGACUGUGAUGAGGGGUGCUUGGCUUUGGCAGAGAUGCUGGGAUGGAAGGAAGAGCUGGAGGAACUCAUGAAAAAGGAGCAUGCUGUCAUUGAGGCCAAAUCAGGGCAGACUGCCAGUGAUGGGGCAGGCGCUGGUCGUCAUCCAGCUAAGGAGCAAGAACAGAACCCAUCUUCAGGGAAGAAAAAGCCACCCGCAAACAAAGAAGAAUGAAGAGAUUCGAGAAGACUGGGGGACUCUGCUUGCUGAUUAUUAAAAACCCACAUCGAAAUGAACACGCAAUGCUUGGGGCUUUCUGUCUUGGUUUCCUUAAGGAGAGUCGAUGUGGGGCCCACCCUUAGCUGUGGAAGCUCACGAGAUGAUUUUGGGCGAGUCGCUGUCAACCCAAACUGCUCCUAAGCUGUUGGGAUAAGAAGAAGGGAGAUUCCUAUGUAAGUCACUUUGCGCUGCUGGAAGAAAGGCAGGAUAGAAUUCUAACAGAUAAAAUAAGUAAAGGGACUUAGCCAUCUGGCAUCAAAGAUUUUGGGGGAGGUAAUAGAGUUCAAGGAGAUGCGGAAUCAAAAGCCAGGUACCACCCCAGAAAGUCACCUCUGUGGAUUUUGGGCACAGCUGAAGCCAUAAAUAGCUGAAGUUGUGGCAGAAUUGAAGUUUUAAUUUAGCGGUUGGAACAUUUCUUUGGGAUUUCUUUUGAGCCUUUCUGUACUCUGUCUUAAAUGUUGGGAGGGUAAAUUCUAUAAUUUCCCAUUAGCCUCUGAAGAAAAUCUCUCCUACGGGAGAUGAGGAAGAACUUUGCUCUAAUUGCAUUAGGGGAAAAAGACAAAACGAGACUUUAUUUUAACUUCUGUUCAGCCCUUAUUUGUGGGAGUUUCUUCCUUUAGCACUGAUCUAACCAAGGAAGGCACUUCUGGAGAGGAGUAGUUUGAAGUACUGGAUCCACCUGUUGACUUACGGAGGGUAGCUGUUUUAACUACGUGUGACGCUUUUCUGUUGUCAUUUACAUUAAGCUGUCAUUAGUGACAAUUAAAUACAAGCAGCUUGAUCCCACAAGAGAA